CUUCCAAGUCUCUGCCAUGGAGUUGGAUGCUACACUCCUAUCGAUCUCCCUUGUUCUCAUAGGCCUGCUACUACACACCACUCAAGCCACCACCCAAGAAAAUUGUGAAAGAUCUGGCCUAUGCACGUAUAUUGUACGUGUGAGCCCUCAUCUGAAUAUUUCCAUGGAUAUGAGCCGUAUGGACCUUGAAAGCUGGUAUAGAUCAUUCCUCCCACCACGUAUGGACAGAUCACCUCGAUCAACAUCUCCAUUCAUCCACACCUAUAAAGAAGCCAUUCUGGGGUUUGCUGUAGACCUCACAAAGGACGACGCGGAGUAUGUCAAGAGCAAAGAUGGGGUCCUCAUGGUGUACAAGGACAUCCUUCUUCCGCUCUUGACAACCCACACGCCAGAUUUCCUAAGCCUACGACCAAACGGAGGGGCUUGGAGCAGCUUAGGCAUGGGCGAGGGAAGCAUCAUCGGGCUCCUAGACACGGGGAUCGACUCCGCACACAGCUCUUUCGACGAUGAGGGCAUGUCCGCGCCGCCUUCCAGGUGGCGUGGAUCCUGCAAGUUUGCUACUAGUGGUGGUCACUGCAACAAGAAGCUCAUUGGCGCAAGGUCAUUCAUCGGUGGCCCAAACAAUCCUGAGGGUCCACUGGAUGAUGUCGGCCAUGGAACACACACCGCCAGCACAGCCGCCGGCAGGUUCGUGCAGGGUGCAAGCGUGCUUGGCAGUGGCAAUGGCACCGCGGCUGGGAUGGCCCCACGCGCGCACCUCGCCAUGUACAAGGUCUGCGACGAGCAGGGCUGCUAUGGCUCGGACAUACUCGCCGGACUGGACGCCGCCAUCGUGGAUGGCGUUGACAUCCUGUCCAUGUCGCUCGGCGGCCCUCAACAGCCCUUCGAUGAAGACAUUAUCGCCAUCGGAACCUUCUCUGCUGUAAAGAAGGGCAUAUUUGUGAGCUGCUCUGCAGGGAACUCCGGCCCGUUUCCUGGCACGCUGAGCAACGAGGAGCCAUGGGUCCUGACCGUGGGCGCAAGCACCAUGGACCGGCAGAUGGAGGCCAUCGUGAAGCUAGGCGACGGCCGCUCGUUCGUCGGCGAGUCAGCCUACCAGCCACCUAGCCUUGGCCCUCUACCCCUGAUGCUCCAGUUGUCUGCUGGAAACAUAACGGGGAAUGUUGUCGCCUGCGAGCUUGAUGGCUCUCAAGUCGCAAUCGGACAGUCUGUCAAGGAUGGCGGUGGUGCCGGGAUGAUACUGCUGGGGGGUGAUAGUACUGGUCACACGACUAUUGCGGCGGCCCAUGUCCUGCCGGCGUCGUAUCUGAACUCCCAAGACGCCGCCGCCGUCAGACAGUACAUCAACACGUCCAGCAAGCCGACUGCCUCCAUCGUCUUCAACGGCACGGCGCUGGGCACCGCUCCAGCUCCCGUCGUCGCCUACUUCUCAUCCAGGGGGCCUAGCACUGCGAGCCCUGGCAUCUUGAAGCCAGACGUCAUUGGGCCCGGCGUCAACGUCGUUGCGGCAUGGCCGUUCAAGGUCGGGCCAACAACAAACACCGCCGGCCGUGACCGUGACGACGACGACCAACAUGGAGCAGCAGCAGCUACUUUCAACUCCGUAUCUGGAACAUCCAUGUCUGCACCUCACCUCAGCGGCAUCGCAGCUGUCAUCAAGAGCGCACACCCUGACUGGUCGCCGGCGGUGAUCAAGUCGGCGAUCAUGACGACGGCCUAUGUCGUGUAUGGUAACAACAAAAACCAGCCGAUCUUAGACGAGCAGCUCAGUCCGGCGAGCCAUUUCAGCGUUGGGGCCGGACAUGUCAACCCUUCGCAGGCUGUGAGCCCAGGCCUGGUGUACGACACCGACGUGGAGCAGUACGUUCUGUAUCUCUGUGGCCUAGGCUACACAGACUCUCAGGUGGAAACAAUCACGCACCAGAAGGAUGCUUGCGGCAAGGGACGACGGAAGAUCGCUGAAGCCGAGCUGAACUACCCUUCGGUGGCGACAAGGGCGAGCGUAGGAGAGCUUGUCGUGAACCGGACAGUCACUAACGUUGGAGAUGCGGUGUCGUCUUAUGCCGUUGAGAUUGACUUGCCCAAGGAAGUCGAGGCCACUGUGUCACCAGCGAAGCUGGAGUUCACCGAGCUCAAGGAGAAGAAGACGUUUACUGUGAGGUUAAGCUGGGAUGCGAGCAAAACCAAGCAUGCUCAGGGAUGCUUUAGGUGGGUCUCUAGCAAGCAUGUGGUGAGGAGCCCCAUUGUAAUAUUCUAGUGUAAGAUCGUCGUCAAGAUAGGACUCGCGUGGUGACUGACUGGUGAGAGUCUGCUAGCUACUUGUUAUAAUAAAAACUUAGUCCGCCUGAAAUGUCUGUAUCGUUCCUAUGUGCUGUGCCUCAAUCACAUAAUACUGUGUGCUGUGCAUC